UCAAAAUGGCGGCCGCGCUGGUCCACUUGGGCUUCUGAGCUCAUCAAAAGCGGCUACCCCCACUCCAAUCAUGGCGGCCCCGCGGCCCGGGGCGGCUGCGCCGAAUGUUGUUCCGGAGACAUGUGGUCUGGAGCAGAUUCUGGAAGCGCUGAAGCUGCUGCUGAGCCCAGGAGGAUCAGGCUCAAGUUCACUACAGAACACAAAACAUGGUGUCCUACUGGAGACUCUCAAAUCUAACCUGUCUGCCUUGGAGACCAAGUUCCUGAAGGAUGCUCAGUGGAAGAAGCUGAAAGACCUAAGAGAUGAAAUUGCCGAUAGGGCGGAAUGGCCACAAAGCUCGGAGGACAUCACGUGGAGUUUCACCUCUCAAUCCCUGCUGCUGCUGCUGUGUUUGAAGGAGAGCAUGGCUCGUCUUGCAGCUGACUUCAGUCCAGGCAAACCUAACCCCAGGACUCCGGAAGCUGCUCCUGCCCUCAGCCCGGAUACACUCAGCGUCUCCCAACAGAAGACCUUCCAGUCUGUUUUGCAGUUUGUAGUCACCUUGGGUGUCUGCCCCUACCUCAUGCCUGGUGUGGGAGUCCCUCUGAGAGACAGGACUGAGUUUGGAGCUGUUGUUCAGGAUGUAGUGCGUCUGGAGGCAGCCCCCCAUGCCACCCGGAGACUGUACACCUGCUGCAGGGUCCUCCUAGACCUGGCUCAGCAUGCAUCUCUGGGGAGCUUGAUUUUUUGCCGCCAUUUUGGGGAUAUUGCAGCAGGUUUGUGCCAGCUGGGGUUCUGCCCAACCAAAAGAAAACCACCAGCACCUGUGGAAGAGGUUUUAACAGAAGAGGAAAGAACCUUAUCAAAGAGGGCCUUGAGAGACAUCUUGGAUCAAGUCUACCAACCAUUAGCUGUCCGGGAAUUACUUAUCCUCCAGGGAGGACCGCCCCAGUCCUGCACAGAUGUGAAGACACAGCUCAGGUGCCAGGCCCCAGCUUGGCUCCGGCGUCUCUGUGGGCAGCUGCUCUCUGAACGGUUGAUGAGGCCCAAUGGCGUGCAGGCAGUCGUCCGGGGCAUUUUGGAAGGAGCAGGUGCGGGUGCUGCUGGUGGGAGUGAUGCCGAGGCCACAGCUGCUGACUGGAAGAAAUGUGACUUGAUUGCAAAGAUUCUGGCCUCCUGCCCCCAGCAGUCUCUUUCCCCAGAGAGCUACUACAAGGACAUCUGCCCACAGAUUCUGGACUUAUUCCACUUUCAAGAUAAAUUGACGGCACGGCAGUUUCAGAGAGUGGCCACUACCACCUUCAUAACUAUGUUGAGGGAACACCCAGAACUGGCCCCAAAGUAUUUGCUUCAGCCCAUGUUAGUGCCUCUGCAGCGAUGCUUGACCACAGCAGAGAUUCCAGAGAGUGCCAUGGUGCCAGGAACUGUUCUGGUGACUGAGGAAGAGCUUGAUCGAUGUGUUGAAGAUGUGUUUAAGGUGUAUGUGGUGGCAAAUGAGCCUCUCCCAGUGUUACUGGACUCUCUGUUUCCGCUCCUCGGGGUGCUCUUUUCUCUCUACUGUUUUACCAAGCAAAGCGUGUCUCACAUAAGGUCACUUUGCCAAGAGAUCUUGUUAUGGAUUCUGGUGAAGCUGGAAAGGAAGAAGGCAAUUGCCAGCCUGAAAGGAUUUUCGCGCUUGGACAAAGCUGUGCCGGCUCUCCAUCCUCAGUGUCAGUUCAGAGCUGCCAUGCACGGUGGCGUCGUGAUUACCAUCAAAGAGGCCCUUAGUGACGAUGAAGAUGAAGCCCUGUUCCAGAAGGUGUCUUCAGAGCAGAGCCAGCUGGAGUGUCUUGGGGACUUGCUGUUCCACUGCCAGGAGUGUGGUUUGGCAGGAGACUUCUUCAUCUUUUGUUUGAAGGAGUUGUCUCAUCUGGUGAUGGAACAUGAAGCAGGAUUCACCCCCAAACCUGCCAGUUGUAUGAGCCUCCGGGAAUUAGAGGAGCACCAGGCUCUGCUUCUAGAAGACCAAGAGCGGAAGCUGCUGGUCCUGCAGUUGCUGGGCCUUCUGUGUGAGAGAGUGUCUGAGCAGAUAUUCACACACAUUGCUCAGGUAGUGGACUUUAUAGCAGCAACACUGCAGAGAGCAUGUGCAAGCCUGUCUCAUGAGGCAGAGAGCACCGUGGAAUCCCAAACCCUGAGCAUGUCCAUGGGGCUGGUGGCUGUCAUGCUAGGAGGAGCUGUUCAGUUGAAGUCAAGUGAUUUUGCAGUCCUGAAGCAGUUGCUGCCUCUGUUGGAGAAGGUCUCUGACACAUACCCUGACCCUGUCAUCCAAGAACUCGCUGCCGAUCUCCGAAUUACCAUCUCUACUCACGGGGCCUUCUCCGCUGAGACUGUCAGCAUGGCUGCUCAAAGUACCCUGAACAAAAAAGACCCGGGCUGGAAAAUAGGAGAAGCGCAACAAAGCGGUCAUGACACACCCACAGAAGGGGCUGAGAACCGCCCUGAACGAGAGCGGAACCCCCUCAGAACAGGGCAAGGUUCCAAUGCGCCCAGUACCUCGACAAGCCAGCCACCUGGAAAUAUAACCGCGGAACAGUUCCAGGAGGUUCUCUUAUCAGCCUGUGAUCCCCAGAUUCCAACCCGGGCUGCUGCCCUUCGCACUCUUUCCCGCUGGGUAGAGCAGAGAGAAGCAAGAGCCCUCCAGGAACAAAAGAAGCUUCUCCAGAUAUUCUUGGAGAACUUGGAGCAUGAAGACACCUUUGUGUAUCUAUCUGCAAUUCAGGGGGUUGCCCUUCUCUCAGAUGUGUGCCCUGAGGAAAUCUUGGUUGACCUAUUGACCAAAUACGACAGCGGCAAAGACAAGCACACUCCCGAGACCAGAAUGAAAGUUGGAGAGGUCCUGAUGCGAGUUGUCAGAGCAUUAGGGGACAUGGUCUCAAAAUACCGGGAACCUCUGAUCCAUACCUUCCUGCGAGGAGCGAAAGAUCCAGACGGUGCACACAGGGCCAGCAGUUUAGCCAACCUGGGAGAACUGUGCCAGCGCCUGAACUUCCUGCUGGGCCCCGUGGUUCAUGAGGUGACGGCCUGCCUGAUUGCUGUGGCUAAAACAGACAGUGACGUUCAGGUGCGCAGAGCUGCGGUCCACGUGAUUGUGCUGCUGCUUCGGGGACUCAGCCAGAAAGCAACUGAGGUGCUGAGCGAUGUCCUCAAGGAUCUCUAUCACCUGCUGAAGCAUGUGGUGCGUUCGGAACCCGAUGCUGUGGCCAGGCUCCAUGCCCAGCUGGCCCUGGAGGAGCUGGAGGAGAUCAUGAGGAACUUCCUGUUUCCACCCCAGAAGCUGGAGAAGAAGAUUGUGGUCCUGCCAUAGACCUGGUUCACAGGCCAUGGAAGAAGGCAGGGAGGGACCAAGCAGCCAAAGCCGUGGCCACACACCUCCCAGCAGGUGGCUCCACCGCCUCCU